AUGCGAAUCUCAAAAGUUACCUGCGCGCUGGUCGCACUUCAGACAGUAGCUGCGCAUACUGUCUUCACAACACUUUACGUCGACGAUGUCAACCAGGGCGAUGGAACCUGUGUACGAAUGGGCAUGGGAGAACCAACUGCCCCAGUUAACGAUCUAACGAGCACCGAUAUGGCAUGUGGCCGCGAAGGAACCAAAGGCGUUGCGCGAGUCUGUCCAGUCAAGAAAGGAGCAAAGCUGAGCUUUGAAUUUCGAGUCUGGCCUGAUGCUUCGAAUCCAGGAGCUAUUGACCCUCAACAUAAGGGACCUUGCUCGGUUUACAUGAAGAAUGUAGCUUCUGCAAUCAAGGAUACUGCUGCCGGUGAUGGGUGGUUUAAGAUCUACGCGGAGGGAUAUGACGAGAGUACUUCGAAAUGGUGUACCGAUAAACUGAUCGCCAACAACGGGAUUCUGUCAGUCAAGAUUCCUGAGGAUCUCGCGGGUGGGAAUUAUUUGGUUCGCGCUGAGAUUCUCGCGCUUCAAGAGGCUGAUAAGGGGAAUCCUCAGUUCUAUCCGGGAUGUGCGCAGAUCUUCUUGGAGUCUUCUGCGACUACUCUACCUACUGAUACUGUUUCUAUUCCUGGAGCUGUCAAAAUCACUGACGCGUCUGCGACCUUCAACAUUUACGAACCUGAGAAGUUUCCGUUCCCGUAUCCGAUCCCUGGGCCAGCAGCGUACGUCCCCGGCACCUCACCUUCUAAGGAAGUCACUCCUGUGUCGAACCAAACCGAGGGUCUAUCACUACCCAACACCAUCCUCACCGUAGCGAACUGGAUGGGCGUCGAAGUUGCACCCUGGACAAAUUCUGAUGGUUGUGAUAAAUCCGUCGCAGGUUGCUGGGCACAAACAAAGACUUGUUACGACAAGGCACCACCUACUGGCGGCAAUCUUUGCAAGAUCUUUGAACAGAAAUGCGAUGCGCUGCGGGAGGCAUGUCCCAGUAAUAAGAUUCCUAAUGAGGGGAUGGAUCUUACGCCAAAGCCGAAGAAUAGGUUUGCGAUUCCGCCGGCUGCUAAUGGGGGUGAUGUCGUGUCGUCGCCUGCUUCAGCAUCAACUUCUCCAUCAUCAGUUGUGCCUUCCUCUGUGGUACCGAAGUCAUCUGCCAUCAACUCCGCAAAUGCAUCAUCGACAACCUCCACAGGACCACUCGAUCCAGCACCAACACCAUCACAAACACCGCCCUACGAGUCCACACCCGCGCCAGGAUCUGACGAAGAAUCCUACGACGAAGACGAAGACGAAGAAGAAGAGGAAGAAGUAAGCAUCAUCUAUAGACGUCACCACCCACGAGAAGUCUCCACAAUCAUGGUAGUCGAAACAUCAUACAGAAUAACUGGGACAGCAGCUGGGAAAACGCCGGCUGUUGUCACUGUUACUCCUGUUGUUACGUUGACUAGUUCUGUGGCACCGAUAAGAGUAACUCGUUUGCAUGGAAGUGCGAAGGUAUUUGCAGCUCCCUCUGUGGUGUUGGAGAGUCCGGCUGUUCAUCAAGAAGCGCUGAGUAGUGAGAUGGCGUCGACAAUGGGGGUGGAGAAGGGUCAAGCGACUCUGGCAUCUCCGUCUCCUACUCCUGAGACGGCAGUGCCUUCUCAAGUUAUGUCGACAUCGAGAUUGCAUGGAAGUACGAAGGUGAUCUCCGCUCCCGCUGUCUCGACGGUGAGGCCUGAGCUGCCUGUUCAUCAGGUUGCGCUGAGUAGCUCGAUGGUUUCGACGAUGGGGGUGGAUAAGGGUCAAGCGACUCUUGUGUCUCCUUCUCCUGAGGCAGUGCCUUCCCAGACUGUGCCGACUAGUCCAACAUCAGCAGUUGCAAGUUCAACUACUUCAUCUGCCACCACAAUCCCAAGUCCGGCUUCAGCAGUUGCAAGUUCAACUACUCGAUCCUCCACUUCGACCCUGACAAUCGUAACUACUCCUACCUUAACAAUCUUCAACACCCCCACCUUAACAAUGUUAAGCACUUCCACAGCAACCUCCUCCUCAUCUCAAACACUAACAACCACUAUCUCUGACUCACCCGCUAAGUUCAUCGCGUUGCAGGAAUCGAGUAACUUUAAUGUCUCAGAUGUGAAUGAGAAAAGACGGUUUAGAAGAAGUGGACGGUAUCAGAGACAUAUGCGUUUUCAUGGUGGGAAUGCUUAA